CGCCUCGCCCUGGCUUCCGCCCGAGCCCCGUCGACGGCGGACUCGGCGGUCGGGGACGGCAACAUGGAGGCGGCGCGCGGCGGGGCUGCGGACGGGACGGCUCGGGCGGAGGCCCCGGGACCCGCGGACGACCGGCUGUUCCUGGUGAAAGGUGGAAUUUUCCUGGGUACGGUUGGUGCAGUGGGAAUGUUAGCUGGAUUUGUUACAACGUUAUCGUUGGCGAAAAAGAGAAGCCCCGAAUGGUUCAAUAAGGGAAGUAUGUCCACGGCGGCCUUACCGGAGAGCGGCUCUUCGCUGGCCCUGCGAGCUCUGGCCUGGGGCUCCCUCUACGCGUGGUGUGGGGUUGGUGUGAUCAGCUUUGCCGUGUGCAAAGCACUAGGAGUCCACAAUUUGAAAGACUUUCGAAGUAAAAUGCAAUCAGUAUUUCCACCAAUCCCCAAGCACUCUGGACCAGCGGCCGAGUGGGAGGAAGUGUGGAAGUCCAAGUGA